AUGCUGCUGCUGCUGCAGCGCAGCAGCAAACAGAGCAAAGCCCCAGGUCGCUGCUAUGGCCGAAGCAGGAGCAGCAGCAGCAGCAGCAGCAGUUGCUGCAGCAGCAGCAGCAGCAGCAGCAGCAACAGCAGCAGCAGAUCUUGCACUUGCAACUGCAGCAGCAACAGCAGCAGCACCAGCAUUUACAACUGCAGCAGCAACAAGACACAGCAACAACAGCAGCAGCAGCAGCAGCAGCGCAGCACCAGCAUUUACAACUGCAGCAGCAACAAGACACAGCAACAACAGCAGCAGCAGCAGCAGCAGCAACAGCAAUGGACUUCAUCCACAGAUCAUCACACAUCCGCAUGCACCGGGGGCUCUCCCCUUCUUUCUCCUGCAGCAGCAGCAGCAGCAACAACAGCAGCAGCAGCAGCAGCAACAAAUGCUGCUGCUGCUGCAGGUGCUGCGGGCUGCUGCGCGGGGCUGUCUUCGUGUCUUGGUGGUGUUUUGGGGGGUUGUUCUUCUGCUGCUGUUGCUGCUGGAUCUCCCCACAGCCUCGACCAGCAGCAGCAGCAGCAGCAGCAGCAGCAGUUGCUGCAGCAGCAGCUGCUGCUGCAGAGGCAUGCAAAAACCCCCCGGCGCAAGGACUGUGUAGAUGCAGCAGCAGCAGGAGCUAGCUGCAGCUCUAGCUGCAUCGACGACUGUAUAGAAGCAGCAGCAGGAUCCUCCCCAGCAGCAGCAGCAGCAGCAGCAGCAGCAGCAGCAGCAGGAUCCUCCCCAGCAGCAGCAGCAGCAGCAGCAGCAGCAGCAGCAGCAGCAGCAGCAGGAGUUUACCCCCGAGACAGCGCCACCGACCAUCUUUUUCAACACCCUACCCCCGACUUCAUCGAUUACUGCAUCCGCAAGCAUCUACCCAACAACCCAAACCCAGACAACCUACCAGAGUGGAGACAGAUACAGUGUAAAAAACUGCAGCGCCUCAAGGCCCUAGCUUUGUCUCCCGAGGGGGGCCCCCAUACGGGGGCGAACAAUGCGGGACAGAGUGGAGGGGAGGAAGGGCAACAGAUCAAUGCAGCAGCAGCAGCAGCAGCAGCAGCAGCUGCUGCUGCUGCUGCUGCUGCUGGUGCUGCUGGUGGGGGUGGGGGUGCUGUGGAUGCUGCUGCUUGUGAGACAAAUGGGGAUGAGAUACAUGCGGGAUUUACACAGCAGCAGCAGCAGCAACAGCAGCAGCAGCAACAGCAGCAACAGCAACAACAACAGCAGCAGCAGCAGCAACAACAACAGUUGCUGCUGCUGCUGCAUAUGCCGUCAUCUCAAGAAGAGGGAUUUAUGCGAAAUACUAUGGCCAAUGCACCGCCACCUGCUGCUGCUGCUGCUGCUGCUGCUGCUGCAGUGCAGCAGCAACAGCAGCAGCAACUGCAGCAGCAGCAGCAGCAACCACAGCCACCGCAGCUAAAGCCUAUGGACUGUUUGGUGCCCCCUGUCGCGCUGCAGCAGCCGCAGCACCACCCGCAGCAACAACAGCCGCAGCAGCAGCAGCAGCAACACCAACAGCAGCAGCAGCAGCAGCAGCAGCAGCAGCAGCAGGGUGAAGCAGAGUGUAGGAGCCCUCCCGCUCGAGGCCCAUCGCGGCCUCCGCGUAGAAACAGUCGCCGUCGCCUAUGGGAGCAGCAGCAGCAGCAGCAGCAGCAGCAACAGCAGCAGCAGCAGCAGCAGCAGCAGGGUAUAUCAGGAGUAAAUGUAAAUGCUGCAGCACUGUCUCCUCCCCGCUGCACUGUCUCCUUUGGCUCCCGCCGCCGCCCCGCAGCAACUCGCUCAUCCCGUCUGCAUCUAUCUGUCUCCUCUCCCCUUUCUCUCCUUUCUCCCUCUCCCUCUCACCCCGCACCCCCAGCAGCACCCCCAGCAGCAGCAGCAGCAGGAGCAGCAGCAGCAGGAGCAGCAGCAGCAGAGGAGGAGCAAGACCUAUCAACCCCACCACCAGGAGACGAACAGGUGCACUGGCAUGAAGGCUUUCGUCUCCCCUUCGGCACAGAGGGGCGCAACCAGCUGCUGCGGCGGCUGCGGCAGCUCUAUCACGCAGACACAGCGCGGUGGGGCCCAGCCCUGGAGCAGCAUAAUAUAUCUUUCUCUCGUGUCCCCUUUGCUACUGUCUCCGAUCUGUGGAGAAUAGCACACGUCAUGGGCUGCUUCGGCUUCGCUCUGCACCUCAGCAGAAAGUAUGCGGGAGGAGCUGCAGCAAGAGCUGUUGCACAGCAGCAGCAGCAGCAGCAGCAGCAGCAGCAGCAGCAGCAACAGCAGCAGCAGAUUGCUGCGCAGCAGGGGAAUGCUAGUAACCCCUGUCAUAUACACUUACAUCAUCAUACACUUCAGCAGCAACAUACAGCCGGGAGAAGUAUUUAA